UCUCUCUCUCUCUCUCUCUUACUUACUCUUCACGUACUCUCCCUCUCUCUCUCUCUCUUUUCUUCUCUCUUCUGAUCCCAUCCGACCUUUAAUCAUUCCCCUGCAUCCCUUUUCUUUUCUUUUUUCCUGUUUCCCCUGUCUUUCCUUUCCUUGCAUUUCCCGUCCUCCUUCCUCGUGCUCCUAUCUGUCUCUCUCUCUCUCUCUCAUCACCCUUUGACUUCUUCUUCUUCUUCUUCUUCUUCUUCUUCCACCUACUCUCUCCCCUAUCAGCCAGCUACAAACAAGGCGCCUCCUCUCUCUUCCUCACCUGACCAGCCCGCCAACUGUUUGUGGCCAUCAUGAACAGCUUGGUGGCUACACCUCCUGUGCCUCCUCAUUUUUACGAAUAUUCUCGUCUUUCUCCUUCUCGCCCAAUGUCUACCCCAACUCACACUCCCACCAGCAGCCGCAAACGGAAAGCAGACGAUGACUCCCACGACCACGAUGGCCGUAUGUCGGCAUCUCCAACAAACUCCCCGGCCUUUACCCCCAGAUCACUCCCUCCAUCUCGAACUUUCAAACGGGCUCGCCCCCAUGUUGGCGGGCGACCACUCUCCCUCCCUCGUCUGCUAGAGACCCUGGACACCGAAACUCUUCGAGGGAUUCUCAGAUCCGUGUGUGAUCGCCAUCCUACUCUGGCUGAAGAGGUGGUUCAAACUGCUCCUCGUCCGAGUGUUGCAGCCGCCCUCCAGGUGCUUCGAAAUUACCAGUCCGCGCUCCAGUCCUCCUUUCCCUUGGGUGGCAAUCCUGAGUCCGACUAUGCAUAUAAUCGAGUUCGACAGGCUCUAGGCAACCUUCUGGAUGCCUUGAGUGACUUCACCCCUCAUUUCUUGCCCCCAAACGAAGCCCAGGCUUCGACGUCUUUGAGUUAUCUUGAUGGUGCCACAGAAAUAAUUCACUCGUUGCCCCGAUGGAGCACCCCCCAGAAUAAUAUAGAGCGGGACUCUGCAUAUGACGAAAUCUGCAAGGCGUGGAUUCUGGUGAUCCGGGAGGCAGCCAAGCGGGGUGGUGGGAUUCAGCUACAGUAUGGAGGCUGGGACCAGAAGCUGGCAAAACACAACCAAAACUCCGGUGGGAAACUGCAGGCAGCCGUCAACGACCUUGCGUCCAGCUUAGGAUGGAUGCACGGACCUGAUGCCCAAGGUUUUGGAAGCCCAGGAGGCAACGACCUUGGAUCUAUACGGGAGCAACUUCUUUCUGGCACAUACGGACUUGGAACCCCGGUCAAAGUAGGACCGUGGUAAACAACCUUUCUUUCGGAGGCCGACCCCACCCCCUCUCAUCUUCGCUGCCAUCUGAGCGACACUUUUUUAUCUCCGCCUUUGAAAAAUCCCUAUUGUUGUCCAAAUCCUUAACCGUGCAUGUCCACCCACGAUACGAUCACGAUACCAACUGCAUGAACUAGAGACUUAAGGGUCAGCUUGGCGUUUACUGUAUGCAACCAGAUUAUUUUCCCUUUUCUUUUUCUUCAUUCCUUCUCUUUUUUUUUUUUUUUUUUUUUUUUUU